GCUGCCAUUUCCUUUUCCGUCGACGUUCCUCUCCAAGUAGCAGCUCUUCUUGUUCAGUCCGCAAAAGACAAAGAAACAUGUCCGACGAAGGAAAACUUUUCGUCGGUGGCCUGAGCUUCGACACCACAGAGCAAUCUCUUGCAGAAGCGUUCUCAAAGUAUGGAAAUAUCUCUAAAUGUGAUGUCAUCAUGGACAGAGAAACAGGAAGGCCUCGUGGAUUCGGCUUCGUAAAGUACGACAAUCCCGAGGAUGCGAAGGACGCUAUGGAUGCAAUGAACGGCCAGUCUCUCGACGGCAGAACCAUCCGUGUGAACGAGGCAGGCCAGGGCGGCGGUGGAGGUCGUGGAGGUGGCGGUGGAUACAGAGGUUCCCGAGGUGGUGGUGGAUACGGCGGUGGAGGUGGAUAUGGUGGAGGCGAGAGGAGUUACGGUGGUGGCGGAGGAGGCCGCAGCUAUGGCGGAGAAGACCGAGGAUACGGAGGUGGUGGAGGUGGAGGAUACAGGAGCGGUGGAGGCCGAGGCGGGUACUCCUCUGGUGGCGGAUACAGGGACAAUCAAUAGGUUGGGCCCAGGAAGGCUACGGAGACCGUUCUAGGCCGGGGAUCCUA